UUUUCAGAUAGGAUAAAUUCCUUUAUGAUAUAAAGGAAAUCUUUUGCAUUUGACUCUAGUAAGUGAUACAUUUCAAAUUUCAUUGCAAAAUAUGAAAUUUCAAUACAAUUUUUUUUUUAAAUAUUUAUAUUAAAUAUAGUAGACAUUAAACAUUUUAUAUAACAUAUAAUCAUAAUGGAAAAAAAUGAUGAAGUAUCAGAUAGCGAAGAAAUUCUCGUAUAUGUAGAAUUUGAAGUACUUGAUGAUAAUGUAUUUAAUGAAAAACAAUUACAAUUGGAUAUGAUUGGUAUAGAUACAGAACAUCCUAUAAUGCAAAUUAAUGGAAAGUUUUAUGAGGGUACUUAUGAAGAUAUUGUUGGUACUUAUAUGUUUUUCACAAAAACUAAUGAUUCUGCAAUGAGUGAUCCUGUAUUUGAUAUUGCUCCAAAUUUUAAAUAUUUUGCUAAAACUAAAAAAUUUUUAAAAAUGCAAAGAAUCUUCAUAAAAUCUAGAACAGAAGUUCUUGGUGAUUCUGAAAAUAAUCAAUGUAUUCCAAAUUCAUAUACACUUAAACAAGCAGGAAUACCACUUCAAUAUCGAGCAGAAGCUCUUUUAUUUUGGAAGACUAUGCGAAGUAAUAGAUUAAAUGCAUUACAUUCAUAUUUAGAAAAACAACGUAUCAGACAACAAAAAAAAUCUCAAGGCAUAAUAUUAGAGUCUGAAUCUGAUGAAGAUAAUCCAUUUGCUAUAUAUGAGCAUAAAGAAGAAACUUUUAAUUUAGACAAGUCAGACCAUAUUCAUGUUGAUUCACAAAAAGGAUUAAUUAAUUCUGAUAAUUAAUUUAAUAAAAAUUAAUAUUUUAAAGAAGAUAUAUACAUAUACAUAAAAGAACACAAUAAAUUUUUACUUUGAAAAACAAUAAACAAUAAACUGUUUUUUAAUUAAAAAUAUAUACUAAAAAUAUUGUGAAAAAAAAUUUAAAAAUAUAAUUUGGGAUACACAAAACAGAAUUAAAAACAAAA